UUUUCUCCUCCGCCACACCUCAGCUUCAUUGGGCUCGUCGGUUCUCCAGUGCUUGUUCUAGUUCUCGGUCCCCUCUAUACUCUACAAUACCUGUGUCUAUAGGAUAUCGAAGAAAAGUGUAGCAUACCCUCCCAGCUCCCAAACCCUCUACACAAAACCCAACAAUCAUGUCCAGCGCGGGACCCUCUUCCAACCCCGAGCCUAUGCAGCAGGAUCCCGCCAAUCCUGAUGGCAUGACCUCCCGAGACUACUAUGCGGACUCGUACGCUCACUUCGGUAUCCACGAAGAGAUGUUGAAGGACACUGUCCGUACGGGCUCGUACCGCAACGCCAUCAUCCAGAACCCCCAUUUGUUCAAGGACAAGACCGUCCUCGACGUCGGUUGCGGCACCGGCAUCUUGAGCAUGUUCGCGGCCAAGGCUGGCGCGAAGCACGUCGUUGGUGUUGAUAUGUCCAACAUCAUUGACCAAGCCGUCAAAAUCAUCGAGGCAAAUGGCUUUAAAGACAAAAUCACCCUCGUGAAGGGCAAGCUCGAGGAAGUCCAGCUCCCCUUCGACCAAUUUGACAUAAUCAUCUCGGAAUGGAUGGGCUACUUCCUCCUGUACGAGUCCAUGCUCGACACCGUCCUUCUCGCGCGCGACAAGUACCUCAAGCCCGGAGGACUCAUCUUCCCUGACGUCGCCACGCUCUAUAUUGCCGCGAUCGAGGAUUCGGAGUACAAAGAGGAGAAGAUCAACUUCUGGGACAAUGUUUACGGGUUCGACUACUCGUGCAUCAAGGAGAUCGCGCUGCGCGAGCCCCUGGUGGACACAGUAGAGCUCAAAGCGGUCGUCACUGAUCCCUGUCUGAUCAAGCACAUAGACCUGAGGACGGUCAAGAAGGAGGAGCUGACCUUCACUCAACCUUUCUCAUUAACCGCCACCCGGAACGACUACGUCCACGCCUUCCUGGCGUGGUUCGACAUCCUGUUCGACUGCACGCACACGAAGGUCAAGUUCUCGACCGGGCCGCACGCGAAGUACACGCACUGGAAACAGACGGUGUUCUACACGCCGAACACGCUGACCGUGUCCGCGGGGGAGAAGAUUACGGGGCGGCUGUCGUGCGCGCCGAACGCGCGGAACAACCGCGACCUGGACAUCACGAUCGCGUACCAGGUCGAGGACGGGGAGGAGACCGAGGUCCACUACAAGAUGUCGUGAUUCACCCACGGACACCUUCCUCGCUGCCCGCGCCCUCGUCUCUCGUCACAAUCGCACUCGCUCCCGAUCCCCUCUCGAUCACGCGAUCAUACUGGCGACGCGCUGUCAAUGGUGCUUACGCGCGAUUUAAUGUGAUCGGUCGGGGUUUUGACCCUGCAGGUAUUGAGCGCGGGACGCGGGGGCGUGGUGCGGGGUAUAGUGCAGACGCGGGGGCUGUCCUGAUCGAGAAGCGGAGAAGACGUCUUGUAUUCUUGCAUGUAUGUAUGAGAGAGAGAGAGAGAGCGCGCGCGGCUCUGGGCUCGCGCGAGUGCGACGUGGCAAUGUGGCGACUGGGGUGAUGGGCAACG